AUGGAUCCAUUGAGCUUGGCAGCCAGCAUCGCUGGUGUUGCUACAGCCGCGUUCCAGAUCAUCGGAUAUCUGGGAACUGUCGCCACGGGGGGCAGAGAGCGCCUGUCACUUCUUCAAGAGUUGUCGAAUUUGUGGAUCACGAUUACGGCCCUGCAGGCGCAGAUUGCCCCCGAUGGAAAUGUCGUUGACAAAGAGCAUUUCCCGCCACAGUUAUUGUCGCUUUUUGAAUCGGAUGGAAUCCUUAAAGAGCUAGAAGGUCUGGUCAAGGAUGUCGAGAGCAAGCUCAAGCCGCGCUCGGCUCGGGGAAGCAUCCGGCAAACACUGGCAUGGCCGCUAGGCAAACCGGACGUCACACAAAUCAUCACCCGAAUUUCUCGGAUGCAGCAGACAUUGCACUUCGCCUUGGAACAAUCCAAUUAUGCGCUCACGCGAGAAAUCCAUCGCGAUGGGCAGGCAAUGAAAACUGUCGUGAAUGAAGCGCGGUUGAAGGAGAUGAUCGAAUGGUUGUCGCCCUUGAAUUUUAUCGCCAAGCAAAGCCUCCUUUUCAAAGAGCAGCAUAAAGGGACCUGUAAAUGGUUCCUAGGGUGCGAAGACUUCCGAAACUGGAAGGAGAAUGAGAAUGCCAUGUUGUUCUGUCCAGGUAUCCCUGGAGCCGGCAAAACUCUCCUGUCUUCCAUCGUGGUCAACGAGCUGGAUAAACUCCGACUCAGCGAAAAGGGUGGGGUCAAGGACGCGGCGAUUCUGAUACUCUACUGCAAGUGGGAUGACUCACAGUCGCAGUCUAUCGACGGGUUGGUUGCAAGCUUGGCCAAGCAGGUCGCUCAGCGCUAUGGCGUGCUCUGGGAAGGGAUUUCGGAGUUGUUCUCCAAGCAUAGCAAAGCUGAAACUUGCCCCAGCCGUGAUGAGUACAUAUCAGCUCUCAGUUCGGAGCUCAUGCACUUUCCAAAGACUUUUAUAGUUGUGGACGGGCUUGAUGAGUUGCGAGAUGAGAGAAGCAGACUGGUGCUUCUCGAAAUCCUCACAUCGCUCCGGGCAAAGGUCAAUAUCAUGGUCACUUCAAGACCAGUUGAUAACAUUACAAGACAUUUUGCCAACAUUGAAAGGCAUAUUUAUUGUGAUGUGUGUGAGAAGGCCAAUCUGUGUUAUCAGUUUCAUUGCAGCGAUUGUGAUGAGGAUGUUCCCGAUGGCUUCGACCUUUGUGAGGAAUGCCAUGACAAGGACGAGCGGUGUGGUAAUAGAGGACAUGUUCUUGUCAAACAAUUCAACAGCAGUAGAAUUGAUAUUGCUGCCAUGGAACAAGAUUUGCUAGCCUACGUCAAAUGGCGAAUUGGCUCAUCAGACUUUCUGCAGCGUUGCGUGGAAACCAAAACAGGGCUGAUGGCCGAGAUUGUGAAGAGAGUUGUUGAAGAGAAUGACGGGAUGUUCCUUUUGGCCAAGUUCAACAUGGAUACCCUCGCGUCAAAAAUGCGCCCCGGAGAGGUCGUCGAAGCACUACGUGUUCUUCCAUCCGAGCUGGAUGGUACAUACAAUGAUGCGAUGCUUCGCAUCAAGGACCUGCCCUCGAGUCACCGCGAAGUGGCCAUGGACUUUCUGCGCUGGGUAGUAUUUGCUGAGCGUCCUCUGGAAUGUCGCGAAAUUGAGCAUGCAAUUGCUAUCUCUGAAGGGAAUCGCGACAUUGACGAUGACAACAUCAUCCGAGUUCAAAUCUUGGCCUCCAUGUGUGCUGGCUUGGUCAAAUUCGAUGAAUCCGACUGCGUCAGGCUAGUUCACUACUCGGCCAAGAAUUUCUUUUCGCAGUCAGCAACUCAGGACCGUUGGUUCCCCGAUGGGGCUUUGAAACUGACUUCCAAUUGUUUCACCUAUCUCAUGUUUGAUCCCUUCCAGCAGGGUGCUUGCUCGGGGCCCUCCGAGGCAGCCGAUUUUGAUGCAAGAAUUCAGGCGUACCCGUUUCUUCGAUACGCUGCACAGUAUUGGGGAAAGCAUCUUCUGCAGACUCCAGGAGAUGACCUUUCUGGUCUUGCCCGAACGCUCCUCACGGAUUCGCAGCGCUUCGCCGCUAUAUCACAAGCGCUGUGGUAUGUUGAUGAUGAGAGCUCUGCUAGCUGGGCCGGUAAGGAUGGCAGCACCCCACUGCACCUUGCUACCCAUUUUGGUUUAAACCAAUUGGCGGCCGAGCUCCUUGCAAGUGGUAUCGAUCCCGGCACCAAAGAUAUGAACGGCAUCACCCCCCUCGCACUGGCUGCUGUACGCGGUGUUUCCGAUGUCGCCGCUUCUUUGAUCGCUGCUGGGGCUGAUGUGAACUCUGUGGACCAUGUGGGAAGCACUCCCCUCUAUAGUGCUUCUAUGUGCGAUCAUCCGACAAUAGUCAAGCUCCUACUGGACCGGGAUGAAAUCGAAGUGAAUCUCAGGGUGACGGAGUAUACCCCGCUGAUGAUUGCUGCCUACCAAGGGCAUUUUGAGGUCGUAAAGCUUCUCUUGCGCAAGCCGGGCUUGGAGAUCAACAAAAGAUCUAAGACUCGCGAAACGACUGCGUUGAUGCUUGCAGCUCUUGGUAACGAGACAGACGUUCUUGGUGCACUUCUUACGCACCCGGAUCUGGACAUCAACAUUCAAGACCGUGCGGGUUCAACCGCGUUACUCAUGGCUGCGGAAGACGGUCACCGCCGGAUUGUCGAAAUCCUCCUUGAUCAUGGGGCCGACACCGAAGUUCAGCAAGAAGGAACGCUGGGAACUGCGCUGAAUCGAGCGAUUGACUACAACCAGAUACCCGUCGUUCAGUUGUUGCUUGAUCGAGGAGCAAAUAUCCACCAUAAAGAUGUCUUCCAGCGAGGGAUGCUCCAUUCUGCAGCUAUUAAUGCUCAGAGUGAAAUUCUUCAAAUCCUGCUUGACUUCGAUAACACGCUCGAUGUCAACAUGCAAGACGUGCAUGGCAAGACCACCCUUCACGACGCGGCUCGCUCGGGAUCGGACACCACUACCAAAAUUCUAUUGGAGCACGGGGCUGAUCCGACCAUCAAAGACACUUACGGCCGAACACCUAUUUAUGUUGCUCGCGAGGCAAACAAAACUGCUGUUUUGAAUCUACUUCGAGCAGCAAGACAAGCGGAGAAAGAACGCGAAAACGCUAAUCGCGGGCUGCCUGGUCAACCUCUCCAACGAACUGAAACAGGCACCGUUCUACCGUCGCCAGUGCGUAUAGAUACAGAGCUUUCAGUUAAUGCGCCACUGCCAAUAUGGGCCUUGUCUAGUGCCGAGUUAAUUGAUGAGCUACGCGUGCGACUUUCCACGGCUACUCCAUCAGAAAUCAGCGCUCAAGAUCCAGAUGUCGGCGACUCAGCUCUCCAUUACAGCGCCACUCGCAACAACGCAGACAUCGCACGCUUACUUAUCGCAUACGGGGCGCCUCUGAAUAUGGUCAACAACUACGGUCGGACGCCGUUACAUUUGACCGCUUUGUAUAACAGCAUAGCUGUCGCAGACAUUCUCCUGGCAUCCGGGGCUGAAUUGGACAUACAGGAUCAGUGGGGAGAGUCUGCCUUGUCCACGGCCACGUGUCAUGAAGAAAUCCUCAGCGCUACGCUGGUUGAAUCUGGAGCUGCCUUGCCCCAAGAACGUGGCGACUUGAACUUCUUGCUGGAUCUAGCCGUCAUGUACGGGAAAGAGGAUGCCGUUAGGCGACUAGUGACGGCUGGAGCUGAAGUUUGGAGGAAGAAUACACUUGGGCACACCCCAUUCUCAUUGGCACGAGUUCAUAACCACGAAGGAAUUGCCAAUCUGCUUUUGGAACUAGGAAAGCUUUCCGACUUGCCCUCAUCCCAAGAGUCAGUCACGGCUCUUGGAGGAACACAUUUGCAGACAGCUCCCACCGAGGAAGCAGAUCACCAUGGAUUGGUCCCAACGCGGUCUCAUGAGCCUGGGAAUUUCGAUGGCCCUUGUGGUAGAAUCUCUUCGUCGGAUGACUCUGGUUUGGACUCCAUGUGCGAAGAGACGGCCUCCCAUCCAGAGGAGGUGCAUUCAAGCGAAGAAAUUCGCCAAGUAACGAAGAUCACGGCCAACCCUUCGACAACUUCUCAGGCUAUCCAAAGGAGUAAUUGGCGGAAUGCCGCCCUCCUCCCUAGCCAGAGCCUGUGGAUCAUCAUCGCAACAUUGUUUAUGGCUGCUGCUGCUUUCGCUAUAUCAUGA